CUCCAGCAAAGGAAAAUCUUGGAAAUCGUGAAAACCGUUUCAAGUUUAACCGGUCACAAAAAUUAUCCACCUCUGCAUUAUGUGCGGCAACGCAAGAGGGCAAGUGUGUCAUUUGCUACAAAAACCAUGGUUUGAAGUCAUGUGUCACUUUUCUGUCAUUACCUGUGAAAGAAAGAUUCAGAAAAGCAACGUCUAAAGGCCUGUGUUUCCGAUGCCUUGAACCUGGUCAUAGAGCCGAAGUGUGCCAGAAACCUCCAUGCAAGCAUUGCCAAGGUAGACAUCACAGUCUCCUGCAUCAGGAUUCAGCUCGUCCUCCCUUGGAAGAAGUCAAGGUGGAAUCAGCCCCGGAAUUACUACCCUCGUCGUCAGGUCCUGCUUUGCCGUCCUCAGUUGUGGCAAAUUCUGUUGCAGUGAGCUCAGGUGGAAAAGUGAUCCUGCAGACCAUACCAGCUAUUUUGUGUGGAUCAAAUGGGUGUUCAAAAGUUGUGAGAUGUUUCUUUGAUCCUGGUUCUCAAACGUCGUUUGUUCGGCAGAGUGUAAUUGAUGAGCUUGGUCUUGAUGGGAAGAGUGUCAAAAUUGCUGUUUCUGGAUUUGGUGGAGAGGCCACCAAGAGCACUUUGCGGAAGAGAACUGCGUUUACUGUGGCACCUAUUGACAAAUCUGGACAGCCUCAAUGUAUUGAGGCACUUACUACACCAGUAAUAUGCCGGCCAGCUGAAGCUGUGGAUAUUCAUCCAACAAGAUGGUGUCACCUUCGAAACAUAGCAUUUCCUGAAGAAUUCCCUAGAGAGGAACAAGAGAUUGAUGUGCUUAUUGGCUUGGAUUUCUAUUAUUCCUUUGUGACAAGAGACAUUGUAAGAGGGGGUUCCCGUGAGCCAGUUGCAGUUCGCACAACUUUGGGUUGGGUCUUCUGUGGGCCAACAGGUGGUCAUGGCCAAGAAUGCACUGUGUCUAUGAAUGUUCAAAUUAGUGUUGAAGAACAAUUGAAUGAAACACUUCAAAAGUUCUGGGAUUUGGAGUCCAUUGGUGUCAGACUUGCUGAAAGUUCAAUUUCUACUACUCAUGCAGAAGAUGUGGUCUUGAAGAAGUUUAAAGAGACACUAACAUACAAUGAUGGUCGCUAUGAAGUAUCCUUACCAUGGAAGGAAGAUUGCAUUUCAUUGAAAGAUAAUUACCGGCAAGCGGAAAGUAGGUUGUACAAUCUAGAAAAGAAGCUGCUCCAUGAGCCAGUGAAAGCUGCAUCGUACAGAGAAGCGAUUAACAAGUAUGUUGAGAACGGUGUUGCUGAAGAAGUACCUUGUGAUGAAAUUACACCAACAGAUGGGCGUCCGGUGUUCUAUCUCCCUCAUCAUGCGAUCAUCAGGGAAGACAAGCAGACAACCAAGACAAGAGUUGUGUUUGAUGCAUCAGCGAAAGAUAGCAAUGGUGUCUCUCUGAACAGCUGCUUAGAGCCAGGCCCAGCAUUACAGCCAGAUUUGGUCGGAAUUCUUCUGCGUUUUCGAAAGAAUUAUGUUGGUAUCAUGGGUGACAUAGAGAAGAUGUUCUUGCAGAUUCGGUUAAAAGAAGAAGACAGAGAUUCACACCGGUAUCUGUGGAGAGAUUUGGACCCCAAGGCCACGCCUAAGAUUUACAGAAUGACAAGGGUCACAUUUGGAGUUGUUUCCAGUCCGUUUCUUGCCAUUGGCACUAUUCAAGAGCAUGUGAAAAGGUGUAAAGAAACAUUCCCUGUUGCAUCAAAUGAAAUCUUGAGGAACACUUAUGUUGAUGACUUUGCUUCAGGGAGAGACAAUGUGCAGGAAACGCUGAAAUUACAGCGAAGUGCUACUGAGCUUAUGCAGAAAGCUGCCUUUAAUUUGACAAAAUGGUCAAGCAAUUCAUCUGAGCUUAUGGAGGCCAUACCAGAGAGGGACAGAGCAGCAGUUAGUCUUGUCAGCCUGGAAAGUGAUCUAGCAGAAGCACAUCCAAUCACAAAAGCAUUAGGAUUAAAGUGGAAUACACUUACUGACAACCUUGUCUUUACAAUUGAUGUGGACAUUGUUAAGUCGAGAUCAAAGACAGUGUACACUAAAAGAAAGGUGGCGUCUUUAGCAGCAAAGAUAUUUGAUCCGAUUGGUCUAAUCGCACCCUUUUCAGUGAGGUCAAAAUUAAUUCUUCAAAGCUUGUGGACCAAGGGUGUUGGAUGGGAUGAGGAAAUUCCCAUGGAAGUCUCAUCGAAAUGGAAUCAGUGGGUUCAAGAGAUUUCUGAACUUGGACACCUUCAAAUUUCUAGAUGUUACACUGAUUUGCCAUUAGGUCAGAACCCCAAAGUAGAGCUACACGCAUUUGGUGAUGCGUCAGAAGUUGCUUAUGCCUCUGCAGUUUAUCUGAGAGUUGUUUGUGAAGAUGGAAGGGUAUCUACCAGUCUUGUGAUGUCCAAGACCCGAGUGGCUCCUGUAAGGAAGAUUACCCUACCGCGCUUAGAGUUGAUGGCUGCUGUAAUUACUGCUAGACUUUGCACCUAUGUCAAAGGUGCAAUAGAUUGUCCCAUUAGCCGCAUUGUUUGUUGGACAGACAAUUCUUCAACGUUACACUGGAUUAGAGGAGCAGCCUCACAGUGGAAACCAUUUGUUGCUAAUCGUGUUAUUGAAAUUCAGUCGUUGCUGGAUCCCAGUGUUUGGAGGUAUUGUCCAGGACCGCAGAACCCAGCUGAUCUACCUACCCGAGGUUUAUCUGCAAGUCAGUUACGAGAGAGUCAUUUGUGGUGGAAAGGACCCUCUUGGUUGCAAGAGUCCGAAAAAGAUUGGCCCGAGGAUUUAAGGUCAAAACCCUCCAGUGAAAUUGUUAACCCAGAGAGGAAGAGUAAAGCUAGUGUCAGUUGUGUUGUGCAACCCAAAGAGCCGUUUAUUGACUUCACAAGAUUCAGCAAGUAUAGUCGCUUGCUAAGAACUGUUGCUUGGAUCAGAAGAUUCGUUAGCAACUCAAGAGUGAAAGAAGAGGAAAGAAUUGACAGCCCUUUAACUGGUUUAGAGAUACAAAAUGCAGAAGAAUGGUUGAUAUCUCAUGUACAAGAAGCAGGUUUUCCUGAAGAAAUUGCGUCAUGUAAACAGCAUGGUCCAGUGAAGGACAGCAACCUUGCCAAUUUAAACCCGUUUAUGUGUCCGACUAGUCAUUUUCUUCGUGUUGGAGGAAGAAUUCACAAGUCACUGUUGCCAGAAGAGGAGAAACAUCCUAUUAUCCUGCCUUCUAACCAUCCUGUUGUUAAGUUGUUAAUUGAUGAUAUUCACAGCCGUGAACUACAUGCUGGAGUUGAACACACUUUGUCACUUUUGCGACAGAGAUUUUGGGUGAUCAAGGGACGAUCGACCGUCCGUCAGACACUAAGGAACUGUCUAAUUUGUCGCCAUUACCAAACAAAACCCUUUGGUCAGCAGAUGGCACCACUUCCUGAAGACAGAAUUAAGCCUGCACCACCGUUCACUAACGAAGUGGUGCCAUCUGCUGACCAAAGGGUUUUGUUUGGUAAUGGCGACAAAUUAGACAGUUCCUUAGUGUCUGACGGACGGUCGAUCGUCCCUUGA